UGUCUCCCGGUUGGAUUUUUCUAUUCUUUCCUUAUCUCUCUUUCCCACUCUCUCUCUUUCUCUCUCUCCUCUCUCUCUCUUUCUCAUUCAGCCCUCAGGUUGCUUCCCAAGAGGAGUCCCUGCUAGCCCUCCAUUUCACCGUUCGGGGACAGUGCUCUGAAAGGCCAAUUCUUGCCAGUAAUAAGGGAUUGCCAACAUGGCACCCAAAAAGAAGGCCAUCAAAAAGAACAAAGCUGACCUCAACGAGACAACAAUCAUCGUAGAAGACAGCCCUUUGAGCAAACUCAAUGCUUUGAAUAGCCUCUUGGAAGGAGGCAAUGGGUUGAGCUGCAUCUCCUCCGAGCUUUCCGACAGUUCCUAUGGCUCCAAUCUCUUGGAAGGGCUAAGUAAAAUGAGGCAGGAGAAUUUUCUGUGUGACUUAGUGAUCGCCACUAAAACGAAAUCCUUCAAUGUCCACAAGUCAGUAAUGGCUUCCUGCAGUGACUACUUUUACGAUAUCCUCAAGAAAGACCCAUCAACUCAAAGAGUGGACCUCAAUGAUAUCUCGCCUCUGGGCCUAGCCACCGUGAUAGCCUAUGCUUACACGGGGAAGCUUACUCUCUCCUUGUACACAAUAGGCAGCAUCAUUUCGGCAGCCAUCUUCCUUCAGAUCCAUCCCCUCGUCAAGAUGUGCUGCGACUUUUUGACGCGAGAAGUCAACGUGGAGAACUGCAUGUACAUUGCUAACAUUGCAGAGACGUACGAGCUGAAAAACCCAAAAGCGGCAGCCCAGAAAUUCAUCCGGGACAACUUCAUUGAGUUCUCAGAAACAGAUCAGUUCCUGAAACUGACCUUUGAGCAGAUCAACGAACUCCUUGUGGAUGAUGAUUUGCAGUUGCCCUCUGAAGUGGUGGCCUUCCAGAUAGCCACAAAAUGGCUUGAGUUUGAUCAAAAGAGGGUCAAAUAUGCUGCCGAUCUCUUGAGCAACAUUCGCUUUGGCACGAUCUCUGCCCAAGACCUGGUCAAUUACGUCCAGUCAGUGCCCAGAAUGAUGCAAGACGCCGACUGCCACAAGCUGCUCGUGGACGCCAUGAAUUACCACCUGCUUCCCUAUCACCAGAACACCCUGCAGUCUAGGAGAACACGAAUCAGGGGUGGCUUCCGAGUUCUCGUCACCGUCGGGGGACGUCCAUCGCUCAUGACCGAGAAGUCCCUGAGCCGAGACGUUUUGUACCGGGACCCUGAAAACGGAUGGAGUCGGCUGACCGAGAUGCCCUCCAAGAGCUUCAAUCAGUGUGUGACCGUGAUGGAUGGGUUUCUCUAUGUAGCUGGUGGGGAGGACCAGAAUGAUGCAAGGAACCAAGCCAAGCACGCCAUCAGCAAUUUCUGCAGGUAUGACCCGCGUUUCAACUCAUGGAUACACCUGGCAAACAUGAAUCAGAAACGCACCCACUUCAGCCUGAAUGUGCUCCACGGCCUGCUGUUCGCCGUGGGCGGCCGCAACGCCGAAGGCUGCCAGUCAUCCUUGGAGUGCUACGUGCCGGCCACCAAUCAGUGGCAGCUCAAGAAGCCGCUGGAGGUGGCCAGGUGCUGCCAUGCCAGCGCGGUCAUCGAUGGUAGGAUCCUGGUCACUGGAGGGUACAUCAGCAGUGCCUACUCCCGCUCCGUGUGCGCCUAUGACCCUGCCACCGACAGCUGGCAGGACAGACCAAGCCUCAGCACCCCCAGGGGCUGGCAUUGCUCCGUGUCCCUCGGCGACCGGGUCUACGUCAUGGGGGGGAGCCAGGUCGGGGGGCGAGGCGAGAGGGUGGAUGUGCUCACAGUCGAAUGUUUCAACCCCAGCACCGGCCAGUGGAGUUACGCUGCCCCGCUUCAAACUGGAGUCAGCACCGCGGGGGCGUCCACCCUGAAUGGAAAGAUCUACCUGGUGGGAGGCUGGAAUGAAGUAGAAAAGAAAUACAAGAAGUGCAUCCAGUGCUUCAAUCCCGAUCUGAAUGAGUGGAUCGAGGAGGAUGAGUUACCCGAAGCCACGGUGGGCGUGUCUUGCUGUAGUAUCGCUAUGCCUAGCAGCAUGGCCCGGGAGUCGAGGGCUAGCUCCGUCUCCUCCGUACCAGUCAGUAUUUAAUGAAGUCCAGUAAGGUCUUGGUAAGAAUGAAGAACAAAUGUGUAUUUAUACAACAGUGAAAUGAACCCUUUAAGCAGUCUUUUUUUUUCCAAUCUCAUGAGAAAAUGCAUCUCUUUUAGCCCAGUGUUUGCCAUGAUAUCUCAUCAUCUACUGGCAUCUGGACUGCAAACCUAAUAUGAAUUUUGGAGCACAAAUUACGGCUGUGGUCAUGGAGGAAAGAUGCAAUAAUUCCUGAUGAGGACACUUUAGGAAAAGCUAAAGUCUAGGUGCUAUUGCACGUGGGCAGCCUGUUUGCCAAUCGCUGCAGUUUCAAGAAUAUUGUGCCAAACUGAUCUUCCUCACUUAGAGCUCUGAUUUACAUUAGCUAGCUCUUUCACCAUCAGAGCAACCAACCUGGGUACUAUUUUAGAACCCAUUGCAUUUGUAUUCUCUAUACUAUUUAAUACUACCAAUUAUAUUCAUUCAAAAUCCAUGAUUCCAGUAAAUCCCAUAUAAAAGUUUUCUAUUUUUUCUUCAUAUUUUGAGGGGACAGAUGUGAACAUGAAGGAAAGUGAAGGAUUGCUAGGGUUUUUCCUGAUUCAACUCAGUUUCUUCUCCCAAAUUGUUUUUGUCUUUUAAAUUAGGGUUAAUGUUAAAAGCAUUUAAUUUUUUUAAUGUUAAGUAAUUCUUAGCAUUUUCACUGCCCAGAUGGACUUAUGUUGAUUUGAGAAGCCAGUGAAGUUCUGCCAUAAUCGAAUUAAAUUGAUUUAUUUUGACUGCAUGAUGAAUCAUCAGUAUCUUCAUGGCCAUCAAUAGAACCUACCGGGUAGUUUACUGUGGAUUAUUCAACCUCUUCCCGUUUUUUAGCCUAUAGCAAUAGCAUCCUGUUGUUUUUUCAAGGGCAAAGAAAUAGUAAAAUGAUAUCCAAUCUUAAACAACUAAAAGUCCAAUUCAGUUCUGCUGCUCCAGAUACCAUUUCUGAACCUCACUAUAGACAGGGAACCUGUCUGCCACUCUGUCGUAUUGUACUCUCCCAAGCUCUUAGCACAGUGCUCGGUACCUAGUAAGUGCUCAAUAAACACCAUUGCGGAUGACAAUGAUUAACCAGAAGGGAGAGUACUUCUUUAGUAGUAUAUGUAAUUUGUUGUAUACCAUAUUCUAGCAUACAAGGAAUACAAUUGAAAAUGAUUUAGAAAAGCAUCUUUUUAUGAUCACUCAUGUUUAAAUAGGCCUCCAGAUUUGAAUUUGUUUGUGAAAGAAGUAUCAUUUGUGGGCUAUAUGCAAUAAGAUCCAAUUCAUUUUCUCCCCUUAUACCCUCACUCCCAACCAAAGAAAAAACUACUUAAAGGGUUACCCUUGAGGUUAUAUGAAGAAGUACGGCUGAGUUUUCAUUAAUCCCAAUCCUGCCUGGUUUGAUUGGAUUUUUUAGUUGAA